CAAUUACAAUUGAGCUGUUCGAUUCAUUUGGUUUAGCAGUAGUGUGAAUAGGGCAUUUGGUGGCCAGAGGUUACUAGACAGAAAAUUGUUUUGAUUGAUUUCCAAGGUCGCUUGCAACAGUUUUUUAUUAAAUGUUCAAAUAUUGCCAAUUUGUUGAAAAUUGUUUUGCAUCCACUCGCUAUCUGGGCUGUUUACCAAGUCUGCCACCAUUUCUUGCUUAUCAGUAGCAUUUGGUCUUGUUCCUUGUCGCUUGUCUAUAGUUACUGAUAAGAUGACGGUCACCCGGCUAUAACUCUCUGAUUCUAUGUUUAUCUACACAAUACAUACUGAUUUAACCAUUUGUAUUUAGUUCAUACCCGUUCAUACUCUGGUGUGGAGGUCAGUUGCAAACGCCAGAUUAUCGUAAAAAUGUCAAAAAAACGGGUACUUUCCAUUCAAAGCCAUGUGGUGUAUGGCUAUGUGGGAAACAAGGUUGCGACCUAUCCCCUUCAGCUGCUGGGCUAUGAUGUGGAUCCCUUAAAUUCGGUCCAGUUUUCGAAUCAUACCGGAUAUAAAACCUUUAAGGGUCCCAUAUCAAACGAAAAAGAACUAGCCAGUAUUACUGAGGGUCUGGAGGAGAAUGAGUUGCUCUCCCAUUAUUCUCACCUGCUGACUGGGUACAUUGGUAACCCCUUGUUUCUACGCCAAGUGGCCGUUAUCGUAAAGAAGUUGCGUCAGUUAAAUCCUCAACUGAUCUAUGUCUGUGAUCCAGUCAUGGGUGACAAUGGUCAACUCUACGUGCCAAAAGAGUUGUUACCAAUCUACCGAGACGAAAUCAUUCCUUUGGCCGAUAUCAUUACGCCGAACCAAUAUGAAGUAGAAUUGCUUACAGGCAAAGAGGUACGCAGUGAGACUGCCGUUUGGGAAGCUAUGGAUUGGUUUCACAAAGAACUUCACAUCAAAACCGUGGUCAUUUCUAGCAGUGACUUAGGUCAGCCUGGCGUAUUGCGCGCCUUUUUAAGUCAACAGGAUGGCCCACGCUUAGCCAUUGAUAUACCAAAACAGGGUGGGAAAAAUUUGGUAUUCACCGGCACCGGCGAUCUUUUUGCUUCGCUGUUCUUAGCUCACAGUCAUACCGAGGAUGUGAGCCUGGCUUUUGAGAAGACGAUUGCGAGUUUGCAAGCAGUUAUUAAACGCACUGUGGCUUCACUUCCUCAGGGAGGUGAUGGCCCAGUCAAGGCCUGGGAGCGCGAGUUAAAGCUGGUGCAGAGCAAGGCGGAAAUUGAGAAGCCUCAAGUGCUGCUAAAAGCCCAAAGGCUCAACUAAACUAACAAAUUAUAUUUUACUAUUUACGACAUACAUACAUAUGUAAACCGCUCAAUACAACUAACAGCUUUUGUUACUUUAAAGUGUAGCAAAAUUAUAAACGAUAUUUACGAAACAAAA